AUGGCGGACGUGAAAGAAAUCCCAGACAAUGUGUCAACCCUGUCGAUCAAGCAAAACGUCGAGAAUGCCGAAUUUGUAGCCACCAGAAAAAGAGCCGAAGCACCAGCAUACAUCCAGUCUCUGACUCCCGAGCAACGUGCCGCCGCCGAAAAGGCUCUCGUUCGCAAGAUCGACAUUCGCUUGAUUCCCACCGUCAUCAUCAUCUACAUUUUAAACUACCUCGACCGAAACAACAUUGCAGCCGCCCGUCUCGCAGGUCUCGAAGACGAACUCAAACUCCAUGGCACCCAAUACCAGACUGCGGUGUCGAUUCUUUUCAUCGGUUACUUGCUGAUGCAGGUGCCCUCAAAUUUGUUUUUGAACAAGUUUGGCAAGCCGGCAAUUUACUUGUCUGGGGCAAUGGUCGUCUGGGGUAUCAUUUCGACAGCCACCGCAGGCGUUCAAUCGUUCGGCGGAUUGAUUGCUGUCCGGUUCUUCCUCGGUUUCGUCGAGGCUGCUUACUUUCCGGGUUGUCUAUACUAUUUGUCCAUCUGGUACACACGCAAAGAACUAGGCUUCCGCACCGCCUUGUUGUAUUCCGGCUCAUUGAUGUCCGGCGCCUUUUCUGGACUCAUCGCCGCCGGCAUCACCGAAGGUCUUGACGGCGUUCACGGCCUCCGAGCCUGGCGAUGGCUGUUCAUCGUUGAGGGAUCAAUCACCAUCGGAGUCGCGUUCAUCGCUUAUUUCAUUCUGCCGAAUUUCCCACGUACCACGCCCUGGCUGAGCGAAGAGGAAAAGACCCUUGCGGCAUGGCGUCUCGAGGAAGAUAUCGGUGAAGACGACUGGGUCGACAGUGAGCACCAGUCGUUUCUGCAUGGUGCGAAAUUGGCGGCGCAGGAUAUCAAGAUGUGGAUUUUGAUGAUCAUCCUCUUCUGCAUCGUCUUCAGCGGCAGCGUGACCAACUUCUUCCCGACCGUGGUCGAAACACUAGGCUACUCCAAGAUCAAUUCUCUGUUGUUGACUUGUCCACCAUACGUCCUGGCCGUCAUCACAACCUUCAUCAACGCCUGGCACGCCGACCGUACGGGCGAACGAUAUUUCCACAUCACUGGCCCAUUGUAUUUCGCCGUCCUGGCAUUCAUUCUUGCUGCUGCAACUACCGCCACGGCACCACGGUAUAUUGCCAUGAUGCUCAUGAUUCCGGGCAUUUACUCGGGUUAUGUGGUCUGUCUGGCUUGGAUCUCGAAUACGUUGCCUCGACCGGCGGCCAAGAGAGCUGCUGCGAUUGCGGCCAUCAAUGCCGUUUCGAAUACCAGUUCUAUUUUUGCCAGUUAUAUGUAUCCCAAGUCGGCGGGGCCGAGGUAUAUUCUGGCCAUGUCGUUGUGCUGUGCCACGGCGGCGAUUGCGUUGAUUUUUGCGACGAUCUUGAGGUUCAUGUUGGUCAGGUUGAAUAGGAAGUUGGAUCGCGGAGAGUUUGUCGAGGGGGCGAUUAAUAGCAAUAACAAUGCUGCCGCGGCCAACAAAGAUGGGGAGGAGCAUCGGAGAGCAAGUCUGUUGGCGGCUGGUGAGGCUGUUCCGGCCGAGGCUGCGGCUAAGGGAUUCAGGUUUUUGGUCUGA